CUCUCUCUCUCUCUCACGCUCACAACACUGCGGUCUGAUCAGUCUUUGCAGUAGUCAAACCCAACCUCCAUGGCCGAGCACCAGCAGCGCCCAGGCUUCAUGCCGGAAAAGGGACCUUCAACUUCACAAGUUCUGGCUGUGAUCACCCUCUUCCCCGUCGGUGGCAUCCUCUUGGUCCUCUCCGGCCUCACUCUCGCCGGAACCCUCAUCGGCCUCACCGUCGCCACCCCACUGUUCGUGAUCUUCAGCCCAAUCCUGGUCCCCGCAGCUCUGGUUCUCGCACUGGCUAUCACCGGAUUCCUCACCUCCGGCGCGUUCGGAAUCACCGCACUGUCUUCACUCUCUUGGAUCGUCAACUACCUCCGGAAAGGCCGCGUAACGGAGCAAAUGGAGCAUGCAAGGUGGAGAGUGCAGGAGGGUGCGGGCCAGUUGGGCAUGAAGGCGAAAGAAGUUGGGCAUGGAAUCCAAGGCAAGGCACAAGAAACUACAAGGACAUGAAUUAAUCAGGCUUGAAGCCUAGUCUUUGGUCUUUAGGUCUCUGUCUAGGGUUGUGGUCUGGCUAGCUGUAUUGUGGGUUAAUAUCUAUUAUCUCCAACUGCCCUUGUAAUAAAGAUAUGGUGUUUGUAGAUGGAAGCAGGGUAAGUAUUUCAACUUUUCUAAGUGUUUCUUUGACGUCUGUAUGUGUUUUUGUAAUAGAUGUUCAUCUACUUGGUCUUGUGAUGGUGCCAGAGUUUAUUCACUCUUUUUCCCUUC